AGGCAUCCAACUGCUAGCCGUUAGUACCUUACUAGUAGUACACGUACUAAUCAACACGGGCUGCCUGAAUCUAAAGCAAACCCGGCAACUGGGUACCUUACCGGGCAACUUCCCACUCCAUGAUGGGGGGCAUUAAAUUUGGCCUCUGUGAUUGGUCCACUUCACUGCCUCGUGGGGCUGUCCCCAAACGGCGGCCCACUCUUGACAGGCUUCCAAGCCUUCGAUUGCGGUUUCCUUUCGCUCAGGAUCUCGCACCCGAGAACUCCUUGCUACGAUCACACAAGCUGAUGAAUGAUACGAUGCAGUGGGAACAACCCUUGGCAUCCCUUAUCCUUUGGUGUCUUACUACUCUAGGCAGUAGGUAAUGUUGACCGCUUUCAGUCGUAGCAACCGAUCAUCUUGAAAGUGAAUCGUACACAAAAAAAAAUCUGUUGGCUAUGGCAAUGUCGAUUAACUACUAGUAUCUUUUUCCCUCCCC